CCAGCCAUGCACUAAACUCGACAAAAUACUUGACAUGCAUCAUUUCAGCCAUGGAGAAAGCAUCGCACUUAUCCGUCAUAGUAGACCUAUCUCCAACGCAAUGGCACCUCUCUGCGCAAACUUCAAACCAGUAUCCACUCUCCAUCGAGACGUUUCUCUCGCAGCUUCUCGCAUUUCUGAAUGCGCAUAUCGCGUCCAAGCAUGAGAAUUCACUUGUAGUCUUUGGCGCGCUUCCUGGGAAGAGUGUGUUGCUCUAUUCAUCCACGGAGUUGCUCUCGGAUGACGUGCCCUCAUUGGAUGCUAACUCGUAUCUGCCUUUCAAGCUUGUGGACUCGACAGUUGUACAGAGGAUCAUGAAUGAGUUUGAUGCUAUCGGAGAGCUCGAGGAAGAACCUUCAUGUGCAUUGGUAGGCGCUGUGACGAAGGCACUGUGUUACAUCAACCGCAUCACCCAUCCCUCAUCAACGACGGCCGGUGUCGCAGAGGACCCGUCGAUCGUCCACGACCCUCGCAUCUUAAUCCUUUCAGUCUCACCUGACUUGUCUUCUUCGUAUAUCCCAAUCAUGAACGCUAUCUUCUCCGCACAAAAACUGAAAGUGACAAUUGACGUGUGCAAAGUCUAUGGACCCGAUACCGUAUUUUUGCAGCAAGCAGCUCACCUAACGAACGGGUCCUACAUCUACCUCGAACGCCGAGAUGCACUCCUGCAAUAUUUGAUCAUGUCUUUCCUGUCACCAACAUCCAUCCGCAAGAUUCUAGCUGUACCAAAGCAAGACAAGAUUGAUUUCCGCGCUGCGUGCUUCUGCCACAAGAACAUUGUAGACAUCGGUUUUGUCUGCUCCGUCUGUUUAUCUAUUUUUUGUCAACCACUCCCGGUUUGUUCCACAUGCAGUUUCCUAUCAAUACACUCAAACGACUCAAUGCUGCUCGCCCCAUUCUCACUCCUGCAAACUCACGCAUAGGACUUCCGCUGGCCAACUUGAACAACGCAGCAUCGCCUCGUCCAACUUCCACUCCACCGAAUGGGAUGUCCAGUCUCCGAUGACAGUGGGCAGAUAACAGCGCAUCACGUGAAUUAUGUACUGAGAUUAUAUAUUGCAUUCGUUGACACAAUAUUACCCUCCGUAUGCAGACUGGACGAUGCUACCGGUGAAUAGGCAGUGCAGUUAUGAACACUGACGACU